CAUUCACAUCUUUAUUUAAGCCCGCAGUAGCAUUGUGUUUGACAUACCCUUCUGGCCUCUUUCUCCGAAGAUAUUUGACAAAUGUCGAAUUCUUCAUUUACUUCCGCUACUCAGACUAUCCACUCGAACACUACUAGUACAUUCAAUGAAAGAGGGUGGGUGAUUCAAAUCCGCAAAACGCUUGAGGAGCAGAUUGAGGAAGAUCAUAAUGAUAUCCCCGUGAGUAUCUUCAGUGUUCCCACAACCCUCAUUUGCACGAGUCCUGACGCGUAUAUACCUCAACAAGUUGCAUUAGGCCCGUACCAUCACUGGCGUCAGGAGCUCUAUGAAAUGGAAAGGUACAAAGUUGCGGCUGCUAGAAGAACCAUGAAGCAGCUUGAUUGCUUUGAUUCCUUUCAAGGAAUUGUUGAUCAGCUUCAGAUGCUGGAGCCGCGGAUACGAGCUUCCUACCACAAGUACCUCAACCUCAGUGGCGAAACUCUAGCGUGGAUGAUGGCCAUUGAUGUCUCUUUCUUGCUUGAGUUUCUUGAAGUCUACGCGAGAAAGGAGGGGAAGCUGCUUUCCAGGCGGACUUCAAGAUUAACUUCGAAUCUUGUUGAUUCUGCAGGAAGAAAGUCAACGCAUAUUGCAAUCCUUAGGGAUAUCUUGAUGCUUGAGAAUCAAAUUCCUAUGUUCUUACUGAGAAAGAUGCUCGAGCUUGAAUUGGGAUCGUUGGUUGCAGCUGAUGACAUGCUGCUUUCCAUGUUAAGGGGUUUGUCAAUUGAGCUAUAUCCAUUCAAAACCCCGGAAGAAUUACCAAUUCUUCUUAUGGAAGAUUCUACUCACGUUCUUGAUUUCUUUUACCGCCUCCUGAUGCCCAAGGCUUUUCGGAGAUCCCAAAUUACUGAGGGUGAAGAAAUUUAUGAAGCAAACAAAGAAGAGGAAGAAAUCAUCAUCGACGAGGAAUCACAGAGCAGAGUCUUAAAGUUCUUCAAUUUUAUAUGGAGGACACUGUCAAAGCUAAAUUUUCAUCCGAUACGUCUUUUCAAGGCAUUACUCAACUCCAAAAUACUAAAGGUGUUACUUAAGAUGCCAUGGACCGUCAUCACAAAACUUCCGGUGCUUAACAUGUUAAAAGAGCCCAUUGAAAACAUGUUUAUGCGAGAAGAUAAAGAAGAUCUGAAGCCUGAAAACGACAGCAUUGUUCGUCCUCCACGGAUCGAGGAACUUACAAUCCCUUCUGUCACCGUGUUAGCCAAAUCCGGGGUCCGCUUUGUCCCAACCGAUGGCGGAAUUUGCAGCACUGAUUUCAAUGUAAAAACACGCACUCUGAGUCUGCCUAGAGUAAACCUAGACGUGAACACUGAUAUCAUCAUGAGAAACAUGGUAGCAUACGAGUCAUGCAAUGCCUCAGGGCCUCUAAUUUUCGCCCGCUACACAGAGUUUAUGAACGGUAUUGUCGAUACACCAGAUGAUGCGAAAUUUCUCAGAGAAAAUGGAAUUAUUUUUAACCGGUUGAAGAGUGAUGAGGAGGUGGCGAAUUUGUGGAAUGGGAUGAGCAGGUCAGUGAAAUUGACGAAAGUGCCCUUUUUAGAUAAGGUGGUGGAGGAUGUGAACAAGUACUACAAUGGAAGGUGGAAGGUUAAAGCUGAGAAAGCCAUCAGGGGGUAUAUAUAUGGUUCCUGGAGGAUUCUUACAGUGCUGGCCUGUAUUAUGCUUCUGGGUUUGCUUGGUUUACAAACUGUUUGCUCGGUUUAUACUUGUUCCAGUGUGAUUCGCAAGUAUGCCACUCCUGAUGAGGCUGCUGAGCCGUGAUCUUAUUCAUUUGCGUACAUGCAUGCUUCCUACUUACUUUCUUCUUAAGAGGCUCGCGCUCAAAUGAGAACCGUUGUUGUCGAGUAUUGAUAUGUACCAGAAAAAUCCAUAACAUGUAUAACCAGGGUGUGUUACUGAGUGCUUUGUCUUUAAGCCUAAAACUGUUCUUAAUCAUCUAUCUCUAUGUUGGUUGCAUUAUUAUCUUCUGUUUUGAUGUAACUUGUGUUGUGUCUUGAGCAUUUCGGUCAAAUAUUCUACUGUAACAAAUUUGUAUUUAGAUAGCUGUUGAAAGUUUUGCGCCA